GCGACUUCAGGCAGCAUGAGCGGCGGCGGACUCUUCCUGCGCGCGGCAGCGACGACGGCGACGGCGACGGCGCGUGCCUGCCGGGCUCUGGCGGCCUUCACGGCGAGCCGACGCUCGCUGCGCACCAGCCCACCGAGCCAAGGUUUCGCCAAGGAGCUCUUCCUAGGCACAAUCGAGAAGAAAGAAGUUUUCCCAUUUCCAGAAGUUGAUCAAGAGGAGCUUAAUGAAAUUAAUCAGUUUCUUGGACCAGUAGAAAAAUUCUUCACUGAAGAGGUGGACUCUCAAAAAAUUGACCGGGAAGGAAAAAUCCCCGAAGAAACUUUAGAGAAAUUGAAGAGCCUGGGGCUUUUUGGAAUGCAGGUCCCAGAAGAAUAUGGUGGCUUGGGCCUCUCCAGCACCAUGUAUGCACGGUUAGGGGAAAUCAUUGCCCUGGACGCAUCUAUUACUGUGACUCUGGCGGCACACCAGUCUAUAGGCCUCAAGGGGAUCAUCAUAACAGGCAAUGAGGAACAGAAGAGGAAAUACUUGCCAAAAUUGGCAUCGGGAGAGCACAUUGCAGCCUUCUGCCUUACAGAGCCAACCAGUGGGAGUGAUGCAGCAUCUAUCCAGACCAGAGCCACAUUAAGCGAAGAUAAGAAGCACUACAUCCUCACUGGCUCCAAGAUGUGGAUCACCAAUGGAGGACUGGCCGAUAUUUUUACCGUGUUUGCAAAGACACAGAUUGUCGAUUCCAACAAUUUGGUAAAAGACAAAAUCACAGCAUUCAUAGUAGAAAGAAACUUUGGUGGAGUCACUAACGGGAAACCUGAAGAUAAGCUAGGCAUUCGCGGCUCCAACACUUGUGAAGUCCAUUUUGAAAACACCAAGGUGCCCGUCGAAAAUGUCCUUGGAGAAGUAGGAGGUGGGUUUAAGGUGGCCAUGAACAUCCUCAACAGCGGGCGGUUCAGCAUGGGCAGCACCGUAGCCGGGAUGCUCAAGAAAUUGAUUGAAAUGACCGCUGAAUAUGCCUGCACAAGGAAACAGUUCAACAAGAAACUCAGUGAAUUUGGAUUAAUUCAGGAAAAGUUUGCCCUGAUGGCUCAGAAGGCUUAUGUAAUGGAAAGUAUGGCCUACCUCACUGCGGGGCUGCUGGACCGGCCAGGGGUUCCCGACUGCUCUGUCGAGGCUGCCAUAGUGAAGGUGUUCAGCUCAGAGGCUGCCUGGCAGUGUGUGAGUGAGGCGCUGCAGGUCCUUGGUGGCUUGGGCUACAUGCGAGACUACCCUUAUGAGCGCCUGCUCCGCGACUCCCGCAUCCUUCUCAUCUUCGAGGGAACCAAUGAGAUUCUCCGGAUGUACAUCGCCCUGACAGGUCUGCAGCAUGCUGGCCGCAUCCUGACUGCAAGGAUCAAAGAGAUUAAACGCGGAAAUGUAAACAUGAUUGUGGAGACUAUUGGCCGGAGGCUUCGGGACUCCCUGAGCCGUACUGUGGACCUGGGACUGACCGGCAAGGAUGGUGUUGUGCACCCUAGUCUUGAGGACAGUGCCAACAAGCUAGAGGAGAAUGUGUAUUACUUUGGCCGGAUUGUUGAGACGUUGCUGCUCCGCUUUGGCAAGACCAUCGUGGAGGAGCAGAUGGUAUUGAAGCGGGUGGCCAACAUCCUCAUCAACCUGUACAGCAUGACGGCCGUCCUCUCACGGGCCAGCCGCUCAGUUCGCAUCGGACUGCGAAACCAUGACCACGAGGUUCUGUUGGCCAACAUCUUCUGCGUGGAAGCUUAUCACCAGAAUGUCUUUGCCCUGGCUCAGCUGGAUAAGUAUUCUCCAGAAAAUUUAGAUGAAAAGAUUAAGAAGGUGGCCCAGCAAGUCCUAGAGAAGCGAACCUACAUCUGUGCUCACCCUCUGGACAAGACGUCCUGAGGCAGGGGGCCAGUGCUCCCUGCUGCUGCCUGCCCCGGGCACAGUGAGGUGUCGCCUGGCUCUCCAGCCAGUUGCUGUUCAACUCUCACUGUGUUUCGUAAGGUUCCAGCCAUUUUUUCCAGGUUUACAAACAGAAGGGCUUUCUCCUUGCCUGAAAGAGCCUCCUUUAGGCUUUGCCCUGCAACUUUUUGUCCUUAGCAUUGCUGUCUACAUGAUUAUAGCUUCUGAAUAAAGAUGGAGAGAGAACACGGAUUGCCGGUUAUCUGGAAUUGGAUCUGAUCGUUAGGUGACAUCACAGUGGAAACUGGGACUCGUGUGGCUGUCUCCGUGGCAUGAAGCUGGUGGGGACCUGGUUCAGGCCUGAAGCCAUUUUUGCUCGAUCACAGCUUUUCCAAGAGAGCGUGAAAGCUGUCUAUGGGUUGUUCAUUUAAACUAGGAACAGAAGGCACUGGAAAGGUGUACCAGGAACCAUUUAAUAAAAAGAAUAUAAAAUGUCA